AUGGAGGAAGAAAAGCAAAUUGAAGCUGGGGAAACUUCAACGUCAUCGAGAAAAGUUAUAACUCUGGAGCCAAAGCUAGUUAUAAAGAAAGGAAUAUCGACUAUUGGAUUUGUUCUGCGGGUAUUUGCUGUUUUUGGAACCAUAGGAAGCGCACUCGCUAUGGGAACAACACAAGAAUCAGUUGUCUCUUUCACUCAGCUUAUACUCCUUAAGGCUAAAUACAGCGACUUACCAACGCUCAUGUUUUUCGUGGUUGCAAACGCGGUUGCUGGUGGAUAUUUGGUUCUUUCUCUACCUGUGAGUAUCUUUCAUAUCAUCACUACUAAAGCUAAAACCUCAAGAAUCAUCUUGCUCGCCAUCGACACGGUAAACGCGUCUUCCUUUCUUCUUAGCUACUCCUCUUCUCUAAAACUGCAACUCCACUGUUUCAUGAUUUUAAAGUAUAUAACUGAAAAAGACAAGAUAACUUGUGAUCCAAGCCAGCCUUUUGCUUAUAUGAAACCCAUAUGUAAUUUUAUAUCUAAACGAGCCGAUCACUUAAAAUGCAUGUUCGGAUUUAUCGUUUCUUAUAACAAGGUGAUGCUGGUCUUGGUGAGCUCCGGUGCAUCUGCAGCAACAGCCACCGUGUAUUUAGCUCAUGAGGGCAACACAACCGCUAAUUGGCCGCCGAUUUGCCAGCAAUUUAACGGAUUCUGCGAACGCAUCUCGGGAUCUCUCAUUGGUUCUUUCUGCGCAUUAAUCUUCCUCAUGCUUCUUGUUAUUAAUUCUGCUAUCUCCCUCUCACGCCAUUAA